AUUUUUUUUCCCGGGAAAUUUUAUCUCUUUAUUUAUUUUUUUAUUGUCUCUGUCGUGAUCAUUAUUACUUGUUAGCAUGAUCCUUUAUUAGGUUUCAUUGGGUCCGAUUUCUCUCUCUCUCUCUCUCUCUCUCUCUCUCUCUCUUUUUUUUGGUUUCUUCCUUUCCUCUCUCCCUCUUGUCUUCGCAGACCCAAGUAAACCCUAGAAUCCUCCCCCCCCCUUUCACAAUUCGAUACUCUUUCUUCACGUCUAAGCUUUAAUCAUUCAAACAACAUCUAGGGUUUACUGGGUCUAGUUUUACUUCUCACUUUGAAUCUUUCCUCUUCUUCCCCGUGAAAAAAGUUUCCUUCUUUCGCUCCUCUAAUCUAAUCAUGGCGUUUCACUACUCGAUUUCUCCCUUUGGCGACACAACCUACACCAAGGUCUUUGUUGGUGGCCUUGCCUGGGAGACUCACAGCGACACUCUUCGUCGCCAUUUCGAGCCCUUUGGUGACAUCCUCGAGGCCGUCGUUAUCACCGAUAAGAACACUGGUCGAUCCAAAGGUUACGGCUUUGUGACUUUCCGAGAUCCAGAGGCUGCUAGGAGAGCCUGUGUCGAUGCAACACCUAUUAUAGAUGGCAGACGUGCCAACUGUAAUCUUGCUUCCCUUGGGAGACCUCGCCUUCCCAUGCAGUAUGCGAUGAUACCCAAUCUCCCUGGACGGAUAAGACCUCCAUCCCCAUAUGUUGGAGGUCCUCGCGGUUCACUCUUUGGAAGCCAUCCGUAUCAGCAACCAUCUUCUUAUAGCUACCAGCAAGGAAUGAUGUACCCUUACGGGGUUACACCAUAUGGACCUGAAUACAUGUACUCACAGUCUCAGGGCUUAUAUGGUCCUUACACAGGGCAACAGUACCUUCAGGUUUAUGGAGUACCUGGUGCAGUUAACUCACCUGGCUACCAAUACGGACAACUGAGUCAGAAUAUCCCCGGUUACACUACGAUACAAGGGUAUUCAGUUCCAGGAAGUCAUAUUCAAUCACCUUACCCUUCAGCUAUAGCAGGUCCCUCACCAACGCAGUCCCAUGUCAUUGUCCAGACUCCUCAACAUAUGCAGAGUAGUGGUUCUGAUCAAACAACAGGGUGAAAGCUAGAUGGGCGUAAUUAGUAAUCCUUGCAGAAGGGGAAGAAGUUGCUACUCUGGGUAGUGGCAGGGUUCCUGUUUAAGCUUUGCGCAUUAUUUAAUUUUUGCAUAUUAAGGUUAAAGCUUGGUCGUAAGUAAAGUAGUAUUGCUCGCUGAAGAAGUCAAAAAGGGUAAAGGACAAUGGAAGUUUCAGGGUUGGUACUUCUGGAGUCCCUCGUCAUAUAUAUAUACCAAUGGUUUCACACUGGAAACUGGUAGAAAUACGCAUGGUGUACAAAUAAAAAGCAUAUAUAUAUAUAUUAUAUACUAGUAAAAACAAAAACAAAUACAGAUGCAUAUAGAAUGGUGGAAUCAAAAUCUGAUUCUUUGGGUAGUUUUAAGUAGUCUUCUUACUAUACACUUUCUAAAGGUAUAGGAGUGUUAGUAACAAGACUGUUUAGGUAGCUUUCUAUGUCCUCUUGAGUCGAGCCCCCCUGCAUUGUAAAUAAAAGUACGUCUGUCGAUUCAGCUCACUUAGCUUCUGGUCUGUGCAUAAAUUUUAGCUCCAGGGACUCUUUUAUUUUCCAUGUUUGUACAGUUUCUAUACUGAUAACAUUGUUAUUUCAGGAUCUUUCCUUAUUGUUUCAGUCUUUGACUCCCA